UACCCGCAUCACGGUCGAGAUCGUCGAUUCCUCAGAUUUUCCUUCCUUCAUUGUUUUGUUUGUUUGUGGUGGACAGUAAUAGUCCGCGUUGUGGUGUGCCUGCCGUGCCUGACCCGUGUGUCUCGGUGAAGUGUUUGUUAUCCUUUUUUGCUUCCGUGUGCUUCCCGUGUGUGAUAUCCCCAGGCAGCAAGAUGGCCUUCGCCUACAAGGUAGCCGGUGUGCUGUGCGUAGUCCUAGCCGUGACCGUGGCCCUGCCGGCCGAAGAGUCGGGCCGCUCGUCCCGGAACGCGAUCGGUGGCGGCGAGAGCGACCUGGUCGGCAGCAUCUACAAGGAGUGCCUGUCGUCCGACUCGGUGUCCUGCGUCAAGUACAAGCUGUUCAGCUUCAUCGACCGUGUCGUGGCCAAGCGUAGCGUGUUCGCCCUUACCGACGGUGUCACCGUAGUCAAGACCCCAGGUGUUCCAGAAACCGAGGGUGCUCCGCGUGCGUUGACCGGUGAUGAAUCGCUCGAGUCGCUGCUGCUGUCCCGCGUCCAGUCUUUCCUGGCUAGCCACACCAUCAAGGUCGAUCUGAAGGGUGCCGACAUUGUGAAUGCCGUGACCUCGACCGGCCGUGCGCUGGAGGACGUUUCCGAGAACCUGCUCGCCGCCGAUUCGGACGAUGAGUCGGAAGGUCCGGCCGGUGGUGAGGCUCGUGGCAAGAAGAAGAAGGCCGCCAAAAUUCUGGGCCCGCUGCUGUUGGCUGUCGCGCUGAAGGCCGCCGCCCUGCUGCCGCUGCUGCUCGGAGCGAUCGCCCUGAUCGCCGGCAAGGCUCUGCUCAUCGGCAAGAUCGCCCUCGUCCUGUCCGCCAUCAUCGGACUGAAGAAGCUGCUGUCGCAGGAGAAGCACGUGACGUACGAGGUCGUCGCUCACCCGCACCACUCCACCAGCCACACGUCCAGCCAUGGGGAUGCCUACUCGCUCGGUGGAUCGUACGGUGGUGGCGAUGUCGGUGGAUACAGUGCCAGCUCCGGCCACGGUGGCUGGGGACGCUCGAUCCAGGACGCGCAGGACGUUGCGUACAGCGGCCAGAAGCCUUAAGAUGCCACCAAGAGAUGCUCCAAAACCACACCAAACCACACCACACCACCAUCACCACCAUUCAUGAACAUUAUUUAUUUAAUUUAUUUAGCGUCGAAGCGUCAAGGUGUUAAUGUUUGCGUCCGACUGUUAGGAAGGUCAAGGUUGCGUUAGGGCCGCGAGGACUGCGCCUCGCCGUGGGGCUAUUUAGGGGUCGAACGGGAUGGGGCUCGCCAUCGAACCAAAGCCAGCGGCAAACGUGGUUGGUUGUGUCAACCAACCCUUUUCCCGCCCGUGUGGCUCUCUGUCUCACUCACUUCCUGCUAGCUCACAACAACCCGUGUGGACUAUUAGACUAUUUCAAUCUAUAACUAUUAUCUCGCUCUUUAUCUUUAUCUCCCCUGACUCUUGCUACCCUCUCCACACACACACACACGGUUUUUCUUUUGUACUAUAUUGUUUCCUUAGCUCCAAUCUUAAAUCUACUACCAAGCCUCAGACUCAGACUUUUGUAGUCGUGGCUGACCAAUGUUCUUGCAUUUCGUAGGCUCGCCUAGCCAAACAACACUUACUCGCAUCCUUCCCUAUACUCGGGAACCCUUCUCUCCCGCCCCCUUUGCGGAACCGUUCGAUGGGCUUCCCGAUCCCGAGCCAUCCAGAUCACCACAACAAAACCAAGCGAAAGGACGAAGAAAUAAAAGCUCAAAUUAUUUCCAAAAA